AUGUCUGUGGAAGUUAAACCUGAUGGGACAGAGGGUACACCGCCUCCAACUCCACCUCCCUCUAACCCAUUUCAACCGCCUGUCAUGCCGAUGCAAGCUGCAGUAAGCCUCAAACUCCCUCCAUUUUGGCCUAAUGACCCAACCCUGUGGUUUACCCAGGUGGAGGCUCAGUUUGUCAUCCGCCAUAUCACUACCCAGGAGACUCGUUUUGCCUACGUUAUCGGAUCUUUGCAACCGGAGGUCGCACAAGAGGUGCGGGAUAUCCUGAUUACACCCCCAUCCACGGACUGCUACGAUAAGCUGAAAUCUGAACUCAUUCGCCGCACUUCAGUUUCUGAGCAGAAACGAUUACACCAGCUGCUUACUUCAGAGGAAUUGGGAGAUCGCAAGCCCUCGCAGUUGUUGCGGCGCAUGCACCAGCUUUUGGGGGACAACAAGCUGGAGGAGAGGAUUUUGAAACAGUUGUUUGUACAGCGACUUCCCCACACCGUCCAGUCCAUUUUGGCCUCCACAGCGGACACUGUGGGAAUUGGAGCACUGGCAGAUUUGGCUGACAAAAUUGUUGAGGUGUCUGCCCACUCUACGCCGGCAUCGCAAAUUUCCACGGUUUCUUCACCACCCCUCCACCCCCCGCAACGACACGCCUCCCCUGAGGUACUCACUCUGCACGCAAAGGUUGAUGACCUGACUCGGCAAGUGCAGGCCUUGACUUUUCAGCUACAGGGCAUGCAGCGACAAGGCCGUCCCCGCUCUUCCUCCCGCAGUCGACCCAGACAACGUAGUCCAACCCCUUCUGCCGAUAACCAGCCAUCCGGCGACCGCCAAUGCUGGUAUCAUUGGAAGUACGGAACUAAUGCACGAAAAUGCACCAGUCCUUGUUCCCGACGCACAGAACCACAACGGAACCAGGAAAACGGCCAAGCCAACGACUAG